AUGAAAAGGAUAUAUAAUAAUAAUCAGCCAAUCAACAGACCCCUUUAUCAAUUAGGAUACAAAGUUUAGGAUCAAGUAGUUCCACAAGGGAUAGCAUUUUUUUCAACAUCUGGCAAAAGACAUUAUCCAGAUAAUCAAAGGGGAGAAUUGGAAACCUACUAAGGAAUGCAACAUCUCUUUGACCCACCCAAAAGAUUGGCUCAAGACUACGAUAGAUCUUUAAAUACAAAGGACAUCGAUGGGGCAGUUACAAAUACCCUACGUAGCAAAGUUGUAAAAAACAUGGAAUUAGCAUAAGUCUAUAAACAAGAAAAGCAGAAAUCCUUAUGGGAAUAGGGCAGUAAACCUAGUGAUCUUGAAUCCUAAUCCUAUUAACCAAGGGCUAAAUGGGAUGAGAAUGAUCCAUAUAAAAAUAGAAGUGCAAUCUACACCAAUAAUCAGGAUUCUAAAAGGAAACUAGAAGAUCUAAGUGACAAACAUCUAGAUACCAUUCAAUAUCCUGAUUCUACCACUUUCAAGCCUAAUCAAUAAUUUAAUGAAUCUCAUCAUUAAUAGUAAUUGUAUCCAUAAUCAUAUGAUGAUCCAAAUUUGAUCGCUUUGCGUUAACAAACACAAAACUAGCAACAAUUAAUUCAACUACAAAAUUCACAAUCUUAACCAAAUCUAGUGGUUUAGCCCUAAAACCCUCAAUUAUUCAACUACCCUGAGUAACUACAUUAGUAAGUUCCUCUGUAUCAAUAUUAGUUGGAAGAUGAAAGAUUAAAAUAGUAAUAAUUGUUAAUGCAAAAACAAUGGGAGUAAUAAAGAUUAGAGAGUCUUCAAAGAUUACAGCAAUAAUAAAAUGAAAAAAUCAGAGAACAACAGAAUCUUAAAAUGCAACAGGAUUAAGACUAUCAAAUUAUGUAAUAAUAACGACAAUAAUCAUUAAACUAAAAAUAGCAGUACGCUCAAGAUUUGAGAUCUUAAUAGGAAAGUAAUAAGGAAGGAAGUCUUAGAAAAGGAUUCACCCCUCCACCUGCAACCAAAAGCGAACUCAUAGGCGCUCUCUUGCAACCUCCUAAAAUACAAAAGUCAUAAGGUUUUGAUGGAGAUAAGAAUCAAAAUCUGAGAGAUUCUUUAUCCAAAGAAAUAGAAGAAAAUGAGAGAAAACUAAUAAUUAAUAGAUUUAGACCGCAUGAAUUGCAAUAAUACAUUUACGACAUGAAAAAUGGAAGAAUAGGCGGCAGCAAAACUAGAAAUAACCCAACUUUUAUGUCCUAUGCUGGACAAUAAUUAGUGAAUCAAUAAUAAUGA